CAUUGUAAUAAAAUUAACUGCUAAUAUAUCAUUUCUACCUUUGGAAUCCCUUGUACUAUUUGUAAGCAAAACAGUCUUAUUUAUCUAUGGCCGACUGUUCUGGAUUGCAGUAAAAGUGGUUGGGAAGGCCACCUCCAGAGAAGUGCAAGAGGAUGUGUGCUAUUAUUUAUAUGGCCACAGUUUUUGGAAGAGAAACUCCUUGUGCCCUGGGAGAUGACAGAAAAUUACCUACUCCUGGAUGGGAACCUGGUUGAAGGGAUUUCUAGCUCAAGUGCUGUGGGCUGUAAUUCACUAAAAACACAAAUUUGAGGAACCAGUAGAUAACAACCCCCAUCAAUGUGAUGGUCUUGUGUGAACCUGAGUCAAUUCAACAAUUCAAUUCAAUUUAACCAACAUUUAUUAAGAGCAUUUAUUAAUUAUUAGGCACUCUGCUCUGCAACGGAAUCUCCCAGAAGUCACUGAGUCAGUCAAGAGCCUUGUUGAAGGCAAAUUAUCUAACCUACUCAGUACAGAUCUGGUUUAUUUCCUGCCCUGUGUCUAUUCACUUCUCCAUCACUUUCAGGAACUAGAAAGAUGCACUGGGAUGGGCAGGUACUUGAUUGGGAAAGCCGAAGGACAUUACAUUAGGGUAGUGCCACGUCAGGUUGAAUAAGCAAAGAUGCAGCCAGGCAGGGCAGCAGGUAGGUCCUGGCAGCCAAACUGAUCUGGACACUGGGGUAGUCUGGUGGCAGCCAGCAGGGAGUGGGGGUCACAGGGAAAGGAAUCCAGGUCCUGGGGAAGAAGGGGAUUAGGCACCAAAGCAGUGACUUCAGGCUCACAAACAAGACAAGAAUACAGUUAACAAGGCGGAGCGGCUUAAUUACAACGAACAACGUAGGGGUCUAGUUACUAGAACUGAAGUACAAGCUCAGCAAACAGCAGAUCUGAUUUGAUUGGUGCAAAGCCCUCACCUAUGAAUCAAUUCAAUUCCACAAAUAUUUAUUAAAUACCGACCAUGAACUGUACUAGGUGUUGGGCAUACAAAGAUGAAAUAUGUCAGUUUCUGUCCUCAGAACUUACAAUCUAAGAAGGAUGAUAAGACACGUACACAAAUAAAUGAUAUAAAAUACCAAAAGGCAGUGUUUAAACAAAGCAAAUUUGUGGUGGGAAUGAUCAUUUUCAGCUGGGGAAAUCAGACUCAGAGGAGCUGGGCCAUGAAAGACCUUUCCCUAACUUAGAGGCUGGACCAAUCCAGAAUCUCAGGACACUAGUCUAAGUCUAGUUGUCAGAUCCCUGAUCCCAGAGCCCAGCACAGGUCAAGGAUUAAAUGAUUCUAGUCAUGGGGACUAAAGGAAUAGAGGGGCAGAGAGUCAAGCCAUCUCUCAACACCCCUCCCUAGAUACACAGUCCUCCUGUGGAGGCAGCUCUCUCUCCUUUUCCAGGUAUAAGGGUGAGGACACAAUCCCAAUCCUAGGCUUGGGGUACCCUCAGGAGGUCAACUAGAACACAGAAAUGGUGGGGGUGAAAGUAGGAACUACUUUGUCUAUAGAUGAUCUCUGAUUUUUAUCAGCAGUGAGAACAUAAGAUGAAAACCCACAGACAUUACACAAUUGACUACUGUCAUCUUGUUUCCUGGGGUUGGCUGUCCAGCCUCCAGUUAGCUCUGUUGUUUUAAUAGUGUGCAGUCCUGUGCUGGUCACUGAAGGUAACAAGAUGAGGGAUGUGAGAUUCUGAAGUGACCUUCCAUUCUCUGAGAGCAGUGGGAUCUUGUGAGGACCCAAACCAUCAUCUUCCCAACUCUCCAAGACUUUGAAGGAGUACAAUGCAAGAAAUUCAAUGCAACCUGAGCUCAUCCCCUACCUUGUCAGCCUUCCUGGCCCCAGUGCUGGCUUUGGAGUGUAUCGUGGGGCUAGCGGGGAAUGGCUUUGCAUUCUUCAUCUUCUGCUUCCACAUACGACCUUGGAGGUCUAACACCAUUUUUCUCCUGUGCCUAGUCAUUGCUGAUUUCCUCCUGACUAUCAACUUACCCUUUCGAGUGGAUUAUUAUGUCCAUGGCCAGACUUGGAAUUUUGGGCUUGGUGCCUGCAAGGCUAACCUCUUCAUGCUGUCCACCAACCGUACAGCCAGCAUUGUCUUCCUCACUGCUAUUGCAUUCAAUCGAUAUCUGAAGGUGGUAUGGCCCCACCACAGACUGAGCCAGGCAUCUGCAGGGUCAGCAGCCCAGGCAUCUGUGGGGCUGUGGGUGCUCAUCCUAUUUAUGAAUGUGCCCCUACUCCUCAACAAUCCCCAGCCCCUCUACUCCCAUGCCUCUUGCCUCAGCUUUACAACAAACACUGAAGACUCUAUUGCCCAGCGCUGGCACCAUAUACUCUAUGGGCUGGAAUUCUUUCUGCCACUGGGAAUCAUCCUUUUCUGUAUCUUCAGCAUCAUCUUCACUAUCAGACAACGGAACUUGGGCAAGCAAGCAGGGGCACGACGGGGGAUGCUUGUCCUGGGAGUAGUUGCUGCCGUCUACUUUUUCUGCUUCUUGCCCAGCAUUGUCUUUGCGAUAGCUUCUGCUCUAGCUAUGCGAUUCAAGGACUGCCAUGCCCUCAACAUCUGUACAGAGCUGUUCCAUGGAGCACUGGCCUUCACCUACCUCAACAGCACUCUUGAUCCUGUGCUCUACUGUUUUUCCAGCCCCAACUUUCUCCACCAGAGCAAGAUGCUGCUCUGUAGGGGGGACCAGUCAGCUGAAAUAAAUCAUGAGCAAAAAGGUGAUGAUGGCAGCUCUUUCAAUCCAACCAGGCAGAUGGAUUCAAGGAGAGUGGGUGCAGAAACUCUGCAGGAUUAGGUCCAGAUAUUGGUCUCUAGGUGAGGAACCAAGCAGCCCUUUGCCCUACUCUCCCUGGUUUUAUCUAUCAUUGGGAAAACAUCUGAGAACCUUAGGUAAAUGGUUUUGAUUACUCUGGUCAUUAAGCUCCAUCACACAAAUUUUGGUGGAUGGGAAUAGAACCUGCCUUGUAAACUCCCUCUGUCCCAUUCAACCCUCAGUCUUUAAGAUGUUCAAAAAGAGAGGACUGGCUGGUUAUGGCUGGGAAGGGAUGGGUUUCUUGGGUGAUAUGGUAAGACUUCUCCAGGUCCCAAUCUCAAACCAGUGGUGGGAGGGCUUGGAAGGGCCUCGGAGAUGGAUCAUGCGUGGUUGUUUCAAAGCUAAGUCCAGCCAUAGCUGUUACUAGUUCUCCUGUUCUGCCUUAAUAAACCAAAACUCACAGAAGGAACAUCUAAGCUGGUGUCUGUGUUUAUCUCCAUGAGCUUGGCUGCAGUACUGCAUCACUGAAAUUGGGAUAAAAAUAUAUGGGAAACAUUCAUGGGGUAAAUGUGUCAGGGUGGGGAUAGGUUGGGGGUAGAUGUGAUUGAUGGUACAAAGACCCUUCCCUUGGAAUGUGUGUCUGGGUGUCAAGUGGAGUAUCCAUGUGUAGGUCAAAAUCCUAGGUUGAGCCCUGCCAUGCAUGCUUUAAGACUGACCUCUCCCUCACCCCCAUCCCCACCCAAGGACUAUACGGAACUGGUGUGUAAAUCAUUCCUUCCUUUUUCCACCUAAACCCACCCCCAAAAGAAAAUGACAUCUGAUCUUUAGGGCAGGGAUGCUUUAAAUGGCACCACCUCUAAAUUCCAUAAGGUCUAGCUUAGCUAGAAUCCUAUCUCUGCUAGGAUCCCAAGAGGAAGUUGCAGGAGGUUGUGAUAGCCUCUUGGACAGCAUCCUCAGAGGUCAAGGAAGUCUCCAAACCUCCCUUUCUCCCCUCAGUAACUCCCUGGGGAUCUAUUCUCUAUGAAUUUAUCUGAACCUUUCAGGAGUUUAGGUGUAUGCCUAGGCUGGGUUCACCUUCAGUGGAACAAGUCCAAUCAAAGUCAUUGCCCAUCCCUGGGUGAGACAGGUUGAUUUAAGGCAACCUGGAUCCAACCCCUAGAAACCCCUCCUUCUAGUGUCCAGUUGGGGAAACAGUCUGUUCUGCUAUCUCCUGUGUGAUUUUAUCCACUUUGAUAUUCACUCCAGACCUUGUUCUUCCUCAGGCAGGUAUUCUUUACCUAUUUGCUUGUCUUAGACCCCUUGGGUAGUCUGGUAAGGCCUUCGAAUCCUUUCUCAGAAUGCUUUAAAAUGCAAUAUAUAUACAUGUGAAACAAGUUCAUGGACCUCAGAUUAAGAACCCCUGUUCUACAGCAACAAAACCACUGUUUAUUGUUUUCCCCUACACAUUCCCAUCCUUUUGAAAUAAAUUUUAGAGCUGGAAGGAUCUUUCCAAAUCGAUAGUCCAAGCUUCUUACUUUUACCAAGCCAAAAAUGUAAAAGCCCUCGGGGCUUUAUCUCACUCUCACCUUCAUUUUCCUUUUUCGAAAACUCUUACAAACUAGAUAACAGCAGAAAUCCACAGAAAGCCUCCUCUAAAAUAGGGAAUGAUGAAUUUUCAAUAUGCCUCUCUCCUAGUUCCUGCCUCUUCCUUUCCUCUUCUUUUCCCCUAUCUCUCAUCCCAUCCUACCUUCACUCCAUAUUUCUUGCUUCCUAGAGGUACUGAUCCUGGUUGGGAAAGAGGGAUUAGAGAGUAUUCUUCAUUUCUCUUAACUGUUUUCCCUUCUUCACUCCCUAUCUUCACUUACAAAGUCCAAGGAAAAUGAAGGGAGGAUCACAACUCCAGCCCAGCUCUGAACUCAGCUUGAAGUUUCAAAUCUCCAAAUAGAAAUCCCACUAAGAGCACUAUCUGGAUAUGUACAGACAUCACACUUGUUUCCUUCCCUAUCACGGCAGCUUCUCCUAGGAGUAGUUUGGGGCCAAAAGAAAAACGAUCUAGAACCUAAGGAGAUUCUCCUUAGUUACAACUUGGGGAUUCUGAGGCCUAGGGAACGAUGAGGAACACUGUUCCUUCAGACCUAAUCCCUUGCCGUCAUUAAAGUUCAAUCAAUCAGAACACCUUCAUGAGUGGGUGAAACAAAUUCUGAUCAGGUUUUUCAUCCAGGGGGUGGUUUUGAUUCAGUUGUAUAAAGUAAAUGCACAAUAUGACUCCUGAGGCUUAACUACUGGAAAGCAGGGCUUUUCUCUUCCUUUUUUUUUCAGAGAUGCUCACAAAACUAACUAGAGGUAGCCAAGGCACUGCAGUACAAAGAAUCCUGGCUUUGGAGUCAGAAGACCUCAGUUUGAAUCCCGCUCUACCACUGAUUGACAGUGUGACUAUGAAUGAGUGACUUACCCUCUCUGAGUCUGUUACCUUGUCUAUAAUGCCUGGUUUGGGUUAGUGCUUACAGCUGCAACACAAGCAUUAGGGAUAGCAGGGCAGUGAGUCAAGUUGAGUUCUGUGAGAUGAUCAAGGACAAAGCUGCUUGGCUGGGAGGAUGGACAGCAGAGUUGGGGAAAGGGCCCCUUUGAACACCUACACAACCUCCAAUCAUAUCAGAUGCUCAGUGUACAAUAUUUAACCACAAAAUGAGGUGACUUCUCCCUACCUAUCCAGUCCUAACAGAGGUUAGUCCUAUACAACUAAAAAAGUAAUGCUUCUUUGGGGCUCAUAGAACCGAGGAGUUGGAAGGGGCUUUACAGGCCCUUCAAGACCGACCUAUCAUCUAGUACCUGAAUCCCUUUUUUAGCAUCUCUUAACCUAGCCUCCACCUGAACUUAGCAUAAUGGGGCACCUUACAAGAAAGAAAAACAUGCCCAAU